CAGCUAAUAACUCGCCCUCUCGUUACAUCUCGACAAUCUAAGCCGGACCUUCCUCUCCAUCCCUCUCUCUGCCAUUAAUCAAACGGGUACAGACCUAAUUAACUCAACCGAAACUUCGCCCAAGCCCUUCUUCAAGAACCAUGAAGUCCCCAAUCACCCUCCUCCUCCUCCUCUUCCUGGCCUCGACAGCGACCCUCGUCGCGGCCAUCAAACCAGGCGGCAAGGGCCCCAUGAACAUGCCGCGCGAGAGAAAACACAUGUGGCAGCAGGUCGCCUGCAAACGCGGCCACGGCAACACCUUUGUCACCCCCUUCAAGUUGACGGCCCUCGUCGACGAGGACGUCGGCGCCGUCUGCCACCGCCUCUGGCACAACCUCAAGCGCACCGACCUCGCGUGCGCGCUGCCCAGCAAGCCCAUCUGCGAGGACCGCGGCGACAAGUCGAUCCAGGAGAAGAGGCUCUACUGGAGCUUCGACGUCUUCGCGACCUGCCCGGCCCUCGCGGUCGAUUCGGCCUGGUACGAGAGCACGGGCAACAUCUGGGGCAAGUCGAACUGCAACGAGGGCCUGUACAUGUACGACGAUCUUCCUGAGUUGCCGUUUCCUUAUAAGAAGGAGCGGCCGACUGCGACUGGGACGGCGUAAGGGGUGUGUUUGGGAGGAGAGAUCUCUGGAAGGGCCUACGCCAUACGGUGGGAGAACUUGGGGAGGAGGUGGUGACGCUAUCAGUCAGAUAUCACGAUAAUUGGAAAUGGAGGUUGAUGUUGCAGUCACAUGAGCGGGCUUGUCGAUUGCUCACUUCAUGGCUUCCUUUCGAUUUGUGUUUUACUACUUUUAGCGGGCUAUUUGACGAGGCUUCUCAUCAAGAGAGCCUCUUCAUAUCUUUCCACGGUAUUGAUUAUCCUGUACAUUCCCCCAUGUAGCGCUUGUCGGGAUACCAGAACUCAAGCUGUUAGUCAUCACUCUCAAAUGAAAAGAAGCUAUGAAGCAAAUCAUCUAAG